AAUAAUAAUAAUGAUGACUGCUCAAGUUCCAGCUGGUAAAUUCAUUGCCUUUGACUAUGUCGAAUUCUGGGUUGGUAAUGCCGUCCAAGCUCGUGAUUACUACAUUUCUCGUUUCGGAUUCAAGCCAUACGCAUUUAAAGGAUUAGAAACUGGUUCCAAGGAAUUGGUGACCCACGUUAUCAGACAAAACAAUACAAUUCUUGCUUUCAGUUCACCACUCUUGCCUGCUUCAAAGAGUGCUAUUGCCAAGGAAAUGACAGCUCACCAUGCUGAACACGGUGAUGGUGUCAAGGAUAUUGCUUUCACUGUUGAUAAUGCUGAAGCAAUUUAUAAGGCUGCUGUCGAAAAUGGAGCCAUUUCUGUCAGAGAACCAACUGUCUUGACUGAUGAAUUGGGAAGUGUCAAGAUUGCUAGUGUCAGAACUUAUGGUGAAACUAUUCACACUUUUGUUGAAAGAGCCGAAUAUAAGGGUAAAUUCUUGCCAGGUUUCAGAAUUAUUGAAGAAUCAAUUGUUGAACCAUUCGAAAAUUUCACUCCAAGUCUUGGUUUGUUGUACGUUGACCACAUUGUCGGUAAUCAAGGAUGGGGAGAAAUGACUCCUGUCUGUGACUGGUACGAACAAAAGCUCGGAUUCCACAAAUUCUGGAGUGUUGAUGAUUCUGUUAUGCACACUGAAUUCAGUGCUUUGAGUUCUACUGUUAUGGCUGAUUCGGAAGAAAAUGUCAAGAUGCCAAUCAAUGAACCUGCCAAGGGUAAGAAGAUGUCACAAAUUGAAGAAUUUGUUAAUUUCUAUGGUGGUGCUGGUGCCCAACAUAUUGCUUUGAGAACUGAAGAUAUUAUUCACACUGUCACACAAAUGAGAGCUCGUGGUGUUGCCUUCUUGCCAACUCCAGACUCUUACUAUGACAAUUUGAGAAAGAGAUUAGCUCAUGCUCCAAUUACUGUCAAGGAAGAUAUUGAUGUUCUUCAAAAGUUGAAGAUUUUGGUUGACUUUGACGAUAAGGGAUACUUGUUGCAAAUCUUUACCAAGCCAGUUGAAGAUAGACCAACCUUGUUCUAUGAAAUUAUUCAAAGAGCUAACAAUUCAGGAUUUGGUGCUGGUAACUUUAAGGCUCUCUUUGAAUCCAUUGAACAAGAACAAGAAAGACGUGGUACUUUGGUUGAAACUUGUGAUUACAAGAUUCAAUGUUAAGUCCACAAUCGAUCAUGACCAUUGUGUAAAUUUUUGUAAAUAAAACAAUAAAACAAUUUUGUA